AAAUGUCGAUGGUAACAUGAGAUAGGGUUACGAAUUCUAUCGAACGCACAAAGAUCCCCAAACAAACAGACUUUAUUAUUAUUACCCAACCAACCCGUCGAACUCAUCAUACAAACCCUAAUUAAUCAUCACACCUCACUCAAACAUAACACCACACCUUCAAUCAAAUCGUCACACAAUCUCUCUCUCUCUCUCUCUCUCUCUCUCUCCUAAGUAGUGGAGUAUCAACCUACUAUGGCGACUGAAGGUUCUAGAUCUUCAAAUUCAUCCGUCGAUUCCUACAUUGGAAGCUUAAUUAGCUUGACUUCCAAGAGUGAAAUUAGAUAUGAAGGCGUUCUGUAUAACAUCAACACGGAGGAAUCGUCAAUUGGAUUGACCAACGUAAGGUCAUUCGGAACUGAAGGGAGAAAAAAGGAUGGCCCACAAGUCAUGCCUAGCGACAAGGUUUAUGAGUACAUAUUAUUUCGUGGAAGCGAUAUCAAGGAUCUUCAGGUGAAAUCAUCUCAGCCUGUUCAACCCACACAACCCAUAAACAGUGAUCCUGCCAUAAUACAGUCUCAUUAUCCUCGGCCACCGCCUACAUCAUCUUCAAACUUACCUCCUGUUGUCAGUGACUCUUUGUCGACUCCUAGUACCUAUAACCCACAUCUGGGUCAACCCGGGUCAACUUUUCAAGGCGGGCUGCCUUUAUAUCAACCCGGUAGUGAUAUUGUUGGGCCAUGGGGCCCGGGCCCAUCACCACCUCCAAAUGCAAAUUCAAACACUAGUGGGCUUGCAAUGCCCAUGUACUGGCCAGGAUACUAUGCCCCUCCACCGAACACACUUCAACAAUCACUGCCUCGACCGCCACAAGGGUUAGGAAUGCCGCCUUCAUUACAGCAACCUAUGCAGCAGUAUCCUGGGACCCACACUGCCAGCUCAGCUUCUUUAACAUCUAACUCUUUACUAGGACCCACACUGCCUUCUUUGCCUACUGCUGUUACUACCACUGAUGUCAAUGCUGGAAUACCCCCAAUCAGUUCUAAUGUGCUUUCUGGUGCAAGGUUUCCUUACACGUCCCAGUCGAUAUCAUCUGUUGGCGGUGGUGGUGCACCGGUGGUCACUACUGAACCGCCCACACCAUCGCUUGUAACUCCAGGUCAGCUGCUGCAUUCUUUGCCGCCAGGUGGUGUUGUUUCAGCCCAGCUGCUGCAUUCUUUGCCGCCAGGUGGUGAUGUAGACGUGGUUCAAGUGUCACCGGCAUCUUCGUCACCACCUUCUGUGCCUGUUCCGGUGGCAACAGAAGCUCAGCCGCCGAUAUUGCCGCUACCACCUCAAGCACAAAUUGCUCAAAAGCCCAAUGGUGCUGCUUACCAGAACCGCUCAAAUUACAAUUACAGAGGGCGUGAAAGAGGCAGAGGAUCUGGGGGGUCACGACCAGUGAUGAAAUUUACUGAGGAGUUUGAUUUUAACGCAAUGAAUGAGAAAUUCAACAAGGAUGAAGUAUGGGGUACAUUGGGAAAAAAUAAUUUAAAGGAAAAAGGUGAAAAUGCGACUGAUGAGGAUGAAUAUGAAGAGGAAAAUGUACCCAACUUACCUAAAGUUGAUGUUAAGCCUGUUUACAGUAAGGACGACUUUUUUGAUACAUUAUCUAGCAACACAUCUGACCGUCAAUCAAAUUAUGGGCGUACUAGAUUUUCUGAGCAGAUGAAGCUAGAUACAGAGACAUUUGGAGAAUUUUCAAGGUACAGAGGUGGUGGAAGGGGUGGGCGUGGGCCCUACCGUGGAGGGCGGUCACGAGGUGGCGGUUAUUAUGGAAGAGGAGGAGGAUAUGGUUACGUAGGGAGGGGCCGUGGCGGGAGAAAUCCAAAUCCAAAUCAAAAUGCAACCAAUGAUUAUUAGAGUGUUGGUGUUUUUACAGAUGUUUUAAGUGCCAUACCGAAUAGGAGGGAUAUGGUGGGUUUUUUUUUUUUUUUUUUUUCUUUUUUUAGAAGAGAUUAUAUAAUAUGAAUGUUUGUUUGUUCCCAGCUUUCUUGUGGUAUGGUUUUGUUACUUAGUUACUCACGAGUAUUUGUAGACUUGAGGUUUAAAAAAGUUUAUGAUUUGAAGAUACUUAAUAUGUUG